UGGAAGAAGGCAAAGAAAUGAAGUUAGCAAGAUUUUCGAGUUGCCGCGGUGUCUCAUUCGAGAUCAAUGAUAACAGAAGUAGCCCUUUUGCAAUUGAAUCACCAACAAAGCCAGAGAGGUCAAUAGGAACAUGGCUUUGGAUUCCAUGGACAAGAAACAAUUCUUUCAAAAUUCUUCAUCAACCUCAUGCUGUUAGUCCAACUCGAAGUCGAGCAAGUAGUCACUUUUGUGACAUCAACAUUGACGCCGAUGAUGUCGAGCUAGAGUUUCUGUCUGAAGUUCAAGACAUAGAAAAAAACCAAGAAAAAGUGAAGGUAUUGCCAAAAACAGAACCAAAAACAAAAAAUACUAGGUUGUCUAUUAUUCUGUUAGAUCAAGGUUUCACAGUUUACAAAGGACUAUUCAUGGUUUGCAUAACCUUGAAUAUGUUAGCACUUGGCCUUUCAAUUUCAGGGCAUUUUCCAUAUGCUAAAUCAAGAGCUACACUUUUCUCCAGGAACAUUCUAGCUCUAACACUAUGUCGAAGCGAGGCGUUUUUAAGAAUCCUUUUCUGGUUUGUUGUGAAAACCAUAGGGAAGCCUUAUGUUUAUCUUAGAAUCAAAACAGCCACAACUUCAUUCCUUCAAAGUGUUGGAGGAAUUCAUAGUGGCUGCGGCGUUUCCUCAAUAGCAUGGCUAGUUUAUUCUCUCAUUCUCACAAUCAAAAACGACGACAAAACCACUUCUUCGCCCGUCAUUCUUGGUGUCGCAUUCACCAUCCUCUCGCUCAUUACGCUCUCUUCACUCGCUGCUUUUCCUCUUCUCCGUCAUCUCCAUCAUAAUGUCUUCGAGCGAAUCCACCGGUUUUCCGGUUGGUUAGCUCUUAUCCUUCUAUGGCUAUUCAUUCUUCUUACUAUAAGCUAUGAGCCUAGUUCAAAAACCUAUCACUUAACCAUCUUGAAAAUGGUUAAGACACAAGAAUGUUGGUUCACUUUAGCUAUCACAAUUCUCAUUAUAAUUCCAUGGUUGAGUAUUAAAAAAGUUCAAGUUAGUGUCACAGCACCAUCAAAUCAUGCUUCAAUAAUCAAAUUUCAUGGUGGUGUUAAACCAGGUUUACUAGGUAGAAUUAGUCCAUCACCAUUAUCUGAAUGGCAUGCAUUUGGAAUCAUAUCAGAUGGAAAAAAUGAUCACAUGAUGUUAGCUGGUGCAGUUGGUGAUUUCACUAAAUCAUUAGUUUCUUCACCUCCAAGUCAUCUUUGGAUUCGUUCGGUUCAUUUUGCUGGAUUACCUUAUCUAGUAAAUUUGUAUCAAAAAGUGUUGUUAGUAGCAACAGGUUCUGGAAUUUGUGUAUUCUUAUCAUUUCUUUUGCAGAAAAAUGAAGCUGAUGUGUAUUUGAUUUGGGUGGCUAAAGAUAUUGAAAUGAACUUUGGAAAUGAGAUUAAGGAAUUGGUUGGAUUAUAUUCAAAGGAGAAAGUGAUUGUUCAUGAUACUGCUGUUUCUGGUCGUCCUAAUGUCGCGGAGAUUAGUGUUAAUGCUGCUAUUAAUUGGAAUGUUGAAGUUGUUAUUGUUACUAGUAAUCCUGAAGGUAGUAGAGAUGUUGUUAGAGCUUGUAACAAAGCUAAGAUUCCUGCAUUUGGUCCUAUUUGGGACUCUUGA